GAAUUUUCGUGAGGUCACAAGUUAAGUGUGCGCGGUACUUCAUAAGUCUAUAAUGGAUGGCCGUGUCGAAUUGUAUGAAGAAGUAAAACUUUAUCGUACUGCACGCGAAAGAGAAAAGUAUGACAAUCUUGCUGAACUCUAUGCUGUUAUCAACACUAUACAAUGUUUACAAAAAGCAUAUAUUAAGGACUAUGUAGAAUCAAAAGAGUAUACUGCUGCCUGUUCAAAGCUUCUUGUCCAGUACAAAGCUGCAUUUAAACAAGUUCAAGGAGAUGAAUUUGCUACUGUAGAGGAUUUCAUGCGAAAAUAUAAAAUGGAUUGUCCAGCAGCACUAGAGCGUAUUAAGGAGGGAAGACCGAUAACUAUCAAGGAUGAUAAACAAAAUAUAAAUAAAAGUAUUGCUGAUACUGUUUCCUUGUUUAUUACUAUUAUGGAUAAGCUGCGACUAGAUAUUCGCGCAGUGGAUGAACUCCAUCCAGAUCUUCGAGAAUUGUAUGAAACCCUUUAUCGGUUGAGUAUUCUACCUGCAGAUUUUGAGGGUAAAGAUAGAGUGAAAGCCUGGUAAGUUUAAUUUAGCAGAUUGAAAAAAUUUGGAAGUGACAAUAGUUGACAUCCAUUGUUAUGUUAAAUAGGAUUCGAAUCCAUGAUCUACUCUGAAUAAAAAUAGAUUAUAAUAACUAAUUGACCAUAGUCCCUUUCGUCAUUCCCAUUUAUUCAGUCGAUCUGUCAACUAAAUCUGGAUAAACCUACUGUUUAAAAUUAUCUUCACUCCAACUUUUUACCCAUCGGGUUUCCUGAUAAUCUUCACCCAUUGUAUAUUUAGCUACGGAAAUAUCACACUUUUAAAACAUGUUUACUAUAUGUUUGUGAUUCAGAGUAAAAAUGGCCUGAAAUAUAUAUGAUUGGUUGUAUAGGCUUUUGUCUGUACUCAAAGCUAGUAUCGUAAAUAAUUUCAAAUACAUAGUACACAGUUUGCUGAAUAAAUCUUAAAAAAAUGGUUUCUAAAAUAGGUUUCCAUUUAUUGUUUGCCUUUCAUUAGGCUAGACAAAAUGGAUCAAAUGCAAGCGUCUGAUGAAUUAUCUGAAGCUGAAGUACGACAGAUGCUUUUUGAUUUAGACUCUGGAUAUAAUGCCUUCAAUCGGACAUUGCAUUCUGGCCAGUGAAUACUCGACAAGAUAUAUAUAUAUAUAUAUAUAUA